AUGAUAAGCUCCGUGUGUGUUUCCUCUUACCGAGGGCGCAAGUCAGGCAACAAACCUCCAUCUAAAUCAUGUCUGAAAGAGGAGAUGGCCAGAGGGGAAGACUCGGAUAAAAUUAUCAUCAACGUGGGCGGCACGAGACAUGAAACCUACAAGAGCACCCUCAGGACCUUGCCGGGGACCCGCCUGGCAUGGCUUGCCGACCCGGACACACAGGUCAGCUCCGACUCGGACGCUGCGCCCCCGAGCUCGAGCGAGUUCUUCUUCGAUCGACACCCUGGCAUCUUUGCCUACGUGCUCAACUAUUACCGGACCGGUAAGCUACACUGCCCUGCCGACGUCUGCGGACCGCUCUUCGAGGAGGAGCUGGCCUUUUGGGGGAUAGACGAGACCGACGUGGAGCCAUGCUGCUGGAUGACCUAUCGGCAGCACCGGGACGCGGAAGAGGCCCUGGAUAUAUUUGAGCCACCAGACCCGGACGACACUGACGACGACAGAGAGAUGCCUAGGCGUUUCGGUAUCGAGGACUGUCCAGACAGGUCGAGGGGAUGCUGCGAAGUUUGGCAGCCGAAGGUGUGGGCCCUGUUUGACGACCCGUACUCAUCCAGAGCAGCCAGGGGAGUGGCACUUGCCUCCCUCUUUUUCAUCCUGGUGUCCAUCACUACCUUCUGCUUGGAGACCCACGAAGCCUUCAAUGAACUGCAGAACCGCACAGAGCGGGUUGUCAUCGGCAACACCACACGACAAUUGCAGAGGACUGAGAUGGUGACCAAGCCCAUCCUCACCCUGGUGGAAGGCAUCUGUGUGAUCUGGUUCACAUUUGAAUUUCUGGUGCGUAUUGUCUGCUGUCCAGACAAGGUGGUCUUCAUCAAGAACACGCUCAACAUCAUUGACUUUGUGGCCAUUCUGCCGUUCUACCUGGAAAUGGGCCUGAGCAGCCUGUCAUCCAAAGCUGCCAGUGACGUUCUGGGUUUUCUCCGCGUGGUGCGGUUUGUUCGGAUCCUUCGGAUCUUCAAGCUGACACGGCACUUUGUAGGCCUGCGAGUGCUGGGACACACGCUGAGGGCCAGUGUCAAUGAGUUCCUCCUGCUCAUCAUCUUCUUGGCGCUGGGUGUUCUCAUCUUUGCUACCAUGAUAUACUACGCAGAGCGCAUCGGAGCCAGUCCAAACGACCCCACAGGCUCCAACCACACGCACUUCAAGAACAUCCCUAUAAGCUUCUGGUGGGCAGUAGUCACCAUGACAACGCUGGGUUACGGAGACAUGUACCCACAGACAUGGCUUGGUAUGAUGGUGGGGGCACUGUGUGCGUUGGCUGGGGUCCUGACCAUCGCUAUGCCAGUACCUGUCAUCGUCAAUAACUUUGGGAUGUACUACUCGCUGGCUAUGGCCAAACAGAAGCUGCCGAAAAAGAAGAAGAAGCACAACCCAAACCCUGACGCUCCGACUGACUCGGUCUCAUUUGGGAAGUCGGAUACAAACUCACAUAGAGACAGCACUCAGAGCGACACCUGUCCCCUAGCUGCUGAGGAGAGUGUCGGCAGAAACCGUUCAGACUCCAAACAGAACGGAGAUGCAAAUGUGGCCCUUUCAGAGGAGGAAGGCUGCAGCCUGACCCAGCCGCUGUCUCCCAGUGAAAAGUGGUCCCUGCGGUGCUCUCGAGGGCGAGACAAAGCUAAGAAAGAGGCCACCUGCUUCCUCCUAACCUCUGGAGACCCCAACGUUCACACUGAGACCUGUAAGGACAUCCUCGCUGCCACUGGAAACUACGCUCAGCCAGAGGUCACCACUCUGACCUAAUGCUGAUUGGCUACGAAAAGGAGAAAGAGCACAAACUGGCAGUGGAGUACAUUCUGUGCAGAGCUGCAGCAAUGGUCCCUGCUCCUCCUUCCUGAAUGAACUGCAG